AUGUCCUACCCGGAUCAGCGCAGUGAUGACGCAUGGCGCGCCGUCCUCAGCCCAGAACAAUUCCGCAUCCUCCGCGAAAAGGGCACCGAACGGCCCGGCACGGGCGAAUACGACCAGCACUUCGCGGCGCAAGGGAUCUACCAUUGCGCGGGGUGCGAUGCGCCCCUCUACAAGGCGACCCACAAGUUCAAGUCCGGGUGCGGAUGGCCUGCGUACUUUGAUUCCCUGCCGGGGGCCGUGACGAGACAUACCGACAGUUCGUUUGGGAUGCAGCGCACGGAGAUCGUGUGUAGCAACUGCGGCGGGCAUCUGGGCCAUGUGUUCAAGGGCGAGGGGUAUCCGACGCCCACGGAUGAGAGGCAUUGUGUGAACAGUGUGAGUUUGAGAGUCGUAGCAAAGCCCCGUGUAGUGGAGGUCGGCCGCGGCUCUUGUCGGCAAUUAGUGAUGGAGUGUUGGGAAGGCUAA